AUGGUGACAUUCACGGCACGCCGGAACGAGCCCGAGCUGGUGCGUCCGGCACGGCCGACGCCAGUCGAAACGAAGGCCCUCUCCGACCUCGAUGACCAGUUGCCGCUGAGGUUCUACGAGUCCAUCGUCGGGUUUUUCAAGAGCCCGCCGGGAGAGAACGUCAAACCGGGCAAGGUGGCGAGGGGCAUCAAGGCGGCCGUGGCCGGCGCUCUGGUGUACUACUACCCCAUGGCCGGACGCCUGCGCAAGCUCCCCGACGGGAACAGGCUCGUCGUGGACUGCACGGGAGAAGGGGUGGUUUUCGUGGAGGCGACCGCCGACGUGCGGCUGGCGGACCUCGGCGAGCCGUUGGUGCCGCCGUACCCGUGCGUCGAGGAGUUCCUGGGAGACGCCGGCGACACGAGAGAUGUGGUUGGCAAGCCUUUGCUCUUCCUACAGGUGACACAGCUAAAAUGUGGAGGAUUUGUUAUUGGGCUUCAUAUGUGCCACUGCAUUGCCGAUGGUUUUGGCAUCCUCCAGUUUAUCAAAACUAUCGCUGACUUUGCAUGUGGCGAACUUAUACCAACCACUUUGCCCGUGUGGAAACGAGACAUUUUCACAGCACGUAUGCCACCCUCCAUUGCACAUGUCUACCCAGCGUAUAAACCGUUUAUUCAUGGUUUACAGUGCACGGGAGAUGACGUGAUGCUAUCAACUCCACCAGAAUCUAUGGAAGUGCAAUAUUUAUUCUUUGGACCAAAAGAGAUUGAUACUUUGAGAAGUCACAUCCCAGAGCAGCUGUCCAAAUCCACUACAACAUUUGAGCUCAUUACAGCUGUCAUGUGGCGGUGUCGCACAUUGGCACUAGGUUAUGGGCCAAGUGAGAAGGUGCGUGUCAUGUUUACUUUGAAUACACGGGGCAGAAGCAUUAAUGGUGAAAGUGUAGUCCCGCGUGGUUACUAUGGAAAUGCACAUUUCUCUCCCAUGGUUGAAGUCACCGUGGAUGAGCUAGCUACAAAGCCACUUGCAUCUAUACUUGAGAAAAUGCGCAAAGUCAAGUGGGACACCACAAAGGAGUGUAUGAAGUCAAUGGUGGAUUUGUUAGCAUUAUGGCGGGAGUGGUCACCUUUCGGUAUGGACAGAACUUAUGAGGUUAGUGAUACAAAGUGGGUUGGAGGAAAGGCACUAAAGUUCGGGAAAGCCGAGCUGGUUGCUGCCGGCACACCUCAUGCCGGGGAUUUCACUUCAAAGUUGAUAAGCUAUCACACCAAGUGUAAGAAUAUAGAUGGUGAGGACUCCACCGUGGUCUCAAUCUUACUACCAAAACCGGCAAUGGAGAAGUUUACAAAGGAGAUGGAAAUUUGGUUGAAGAAAUGA